CUGUUACAGCGUGCGGGGUAAGGUUGCUGUUGCCACGGGAACCUCACCCACCCUUGCCUUGGGCCGGGACAAGUGACAAAAACGCCCCAAAAUGUCUUCUGCGAUUCUCAGAAAGACCCGCUCAAGAUGUCAACAUGUGUCCCUGAUUCGCAUGCAGGUGGGCGCGGUGCUGGUGGUGCGCAUGCCGCCUGAGCUGCAGCUGUGGCGCACGCACCUGCACAUGGCCACGCUGGGGGUCUCGUACCUACUGUCAUCCUACGGGGGCGGUGCUGGUGCGGUGCGUGUCGCCAAGCGCGUGUGCAUGCGACCCUACCAUCAUUUCAGGGGCGAUUGAUGGAGCCGGCGACUGGAAAGGCAAGCACCAGUUGUCCAUCACAGAUGAAAAGGGCGUUCGGCUGUACCUGCCACGCCACUGGGCAUGGGACGGUCCCGCGAACACUAAAAGCCUGGUGACCAGCAGGGAUGGACCUGGAGCGUCGCCACCGCCGGGGGGCGUCCCUCAGUUGGCAGAGGCCGCUGUGUAGCUGCUUCGCGUGUGCCGACGCAUAGCGCUGUCCGGACGCUUAUUGCAUUGCACGUCCGCCCGAGCGCGCUGUGGGCACCUUGACUUCGAAGAGCGGGGCUACGCACGCAUCGUGACGACUGGGGUGUGCCGACCGUUAGACCUGAGGGUGGGCUAUACUGGUCACGGUGAUCAGAGGCGAUAAAAAUGCAGCCUCAUGCAAUUUGCUCAAGCGGCCAGAGUAAGGGGAGAGACAUGCGUAUGAAGCCGUAAGGUAGCGCAGCGAGGGGGCGUGAACAUGGACCGCCUGCCCAGUGCCUUGCGAGAUGUGGGCACGAGACGAUAUGGUUCUAUAGAGACCACAGAGAUGCUAUUGGCCGGUCUGAGCGGCAAUGAGAGACGCGGCCAGGAGAGACGUCAGCAUCAGUCGCGGAACCCCCCGACCCUGACAGUGACAGAACGCGGCCGGCGGUGAACUGGACUGGCGAGUAUGAUUCGCACAUAAAGUUGUACAUAAAGGUGUGGCAUAACGAGGAAGGGGCUGCAGUCUGUCGGCAGCAGCCCGGGCAUGGACUGGCGGUAGCUCGCUGCAUAGGGGACUUGAAUGCUCGAGUCCUACAGCGAUGUCUGAAGACGAUAAGUGGUUGGGGCGAAGUGGUAGGAGCGUUUUCCCCGAGGAGCGCUUGUUGACGCGGAGCCAUCAUGCGGUUCGGCUCUUCGGCUACCCUGGCCGCGGCGACGGUCUUUAGGCCGAAGCCUGUGCCAGUGGUCCGGGAGCCUAGCGCGCUUGCUUUUGUGUGAAUUUGCUAGGCGGCGAUAGCGUUUGCAGGCCUAGACUUUGAGGGACGACUAGAGAACAGGGCGGGUUGAGGGAUGGAGACUGGGUAUUGAUGCUCACACCCUUCCCUAGCUUGCCCCGUGCCCUUGGUGGCCCUGGGGCGUUGUUUGAGCUACGGUGCGCAUUUCCAAAUAGCGACGCAAGCAGGGGGUAGUUCAGGCGCUGCAUGGGGACGCUGCAUGAGGGCAAAGUCUGAGUGGAAGCUGGCCCCUGCACCUUCCAGGCCUAGCUCCCCUGCGCCAAUCGCGAUGGUGGAAGGUGCCCGGGGCAAUAUAGGACCGCUCCGGAGCGCCAAGAAACUAACCCGGCACUCCUGUGUAAUACGCCACGAGUAAUUGACAAGCACGAACCUUGCUCAUACCGGAAGAACAGUCUCUCAGCCCUCAAAGGCUCUUCUCCCCUGACAGCGGGCCUGUCAGCAAGUUCCCAGCGCCAAGGCGCGACAGUGAUUGAGGCAUAAGGCAAUCCGCCAGAGCCUCCUCUUCAGCGGGCCCCUGUGCCCCGGCUUCACGCCCGGUCGCAUCGACCCCGUGCGCGACUCUUCGUGACCCGUCUGCUCCCGCGACGUGGUCCUGUGGUAUCUUACGGAUUUCGACUACGUAUAUCGGCGGCUACCAGCGCCUGGACGGCAACAACGAGCCUCGCGAGUGCCUCGGCUGAGCCCAUCGCCACCUACCGAGACCUCCCGACAGCUCUCUCCAGGCUGUGGCCUAUCCCCUGGAUUCUGCUUCCCCUUUGGUUUAUCUACAAAUCAAGACUACGUUCUGAGACUCCCCUGACGACCCCAACGUGAAGACCGGCUUGCGAGCAUCGAUUCGUUGCCGACUGCACUGGGUCAAGACCCUGAGUUGUUCAAGACCUCCAACAAUACGUCUGGUUUGCCCCUGAGCCCUGUUUGGGAACAACUGAUUGCAUAGUGAGAUUUCGGUUCCAUUACGGUUGCGAGGCUCGCUUGACUCUUGGCUUGCAGCAGCCGCAUUGUACAUAUUGUUUGGGAGAAGGCAGCUGAGUGAGACAGCUCCCAAAGCGCCCGUUGCUCGGACUUGUACUCCGGCUUGACACACGUGUCGUUGCCCGCAGUCCGCUUCGGCGCAUUCAGUCCGCUUCGGCGCAUUCUCCAACAGGUCCUGCGCGAGCUCGGCCCUCACGGCCCGGCGCCAGCGCCUUUAUACCUAUCCUGACCGCCAACGACGAUUCAGUGGAGUAACAAGGCCUUCAAGACCUGGUUUAUUGGGUGUACCGUCUGACAUCAACGACGGGCAUCACCAACCGCACCAACGCAUUCAAGUUCAAGCGCAUCCCCCCCUUGCGACGCACGAAACAGCUGCAGGCGUCGUCAUACGACUGUUUCUGGGAGAAGCUCCGUUGUAGUCGGCCCCAACACAUCGCGCUGCAAAAGGUGUCCGCCCAGCAGGACGUGUCCACCCGCGCAGAGUAGCGACAGCUGCCUGCACGGCUGCCUGGCGAGGCGGAGUGUGAUGUGGAAUUUACGGUCAUGGAGUCCAGGCUGGCUGGAAGCGGGAGUGAUGUCCAUAAGUUCAAGAUAACCAGGCUCGCUCUGGACUAUGACCUAAGCAUAUGGCAGUAGUUACUAGUUAGUGAGACUGUGAGAGCAGGGUGCAACCCGGGUUCACUUGGGGGCGUGCCCGCCACCUGACGCCAUUUCCCGCCAUUUCAGACUUUGGUUCAGACUUUGGUUCCGACUUUGGCUCCGACUUUGGUUCAGACCGACUUGUAACAUGAACGUGAAACGCCGCAAAGGCCCGUUGGUUGAGGCCUUGAGAGUACCUACGCCUCGACCUGUGUUACAGCACAUCGAGGCGCACGCCGGUGACUGGAUCGUGACAAAAUUUCGGGCGUUGUAUUCGGGCGACAAGUCGCUCGCCUU